AGCAGUCGCGCGUCGUCGGGGCGGCCGGCAGCGGCUGCUCCAGGGCCCAGCAUGCGCGGGGAGCCCCGCGGCCACCAUGUAUGUGGGCUAUGUGCUGGACAAGGAUUCUCCCGUGUACCCCGGCCCAGCCAGGCCCGCGAGUCUCGGCCUGGGCCCUCAAGCCUACGGCCCCCCGGCCCCACCCCCCGCGGCCCCGCAGUACCCCGACUUCACCGGCUACUCUCAUGUGGAGCCGGCUCCCGCGCCCCCCACGGCCUGGGGCACGCCCUUCCCUGCGCCCAAGGACGACUGGGCAACCGCCUAUGGCCCGGGACCCGCAGCCCCUGCCGCCAACCCAGCUUCGCUGGCGUUCGGGCCCCCUCCGGACUUUAGCCCGGUGCCCGCGCCCCCUGGGCCUGGCCCGGGCCUCCUGGCACAGCCCCUCGGUGGCCCAGGCUCACCGUCCUCGCCUGGAGCGCAGAGGCGGACGCCCUACGAGUGGAUGCGGCGCAGCGUGGUGGCUGGAGGUGGCGGUGGCAGUGGUAAGACUCGAACCAAGGACAAGUACCGUGUGGUCUACACCGACCAUCAGCGCCUGGAGCUGGAGAAAGAGUUUCAUUAUAGCCGUUAUAUCACCAUCCGGCGGAAAUCAGAGCUGGCCACCAAUCUGGGGCUUACUGAACGGCAGGUGAAGAUCUGGUUCCAGAACAGGCGGGCAAAGGAGCGCAAAGUGAACAAGAAGAAGCAGCAGCAGCAACAACAGCCUCCACAGCCACCAGUAGCCCACGAUGUCACCCCCACCCCCACUGGGUCAGCUCUUGGGGGCCUGUGCCCCAGCAACACCAGUCUCCUGGGCACAUCCUCCCCAAUGCCUGUUAAAGAGGAGUUUCUACCAUAGCCCUGUGCCCAGCUUUGUGGGCCAGGGGACCUGGGGACUCAGGUGCUGGGAAUGGGCUCCUGUGGG